AUGACGGCUCGAUCUGAAGAGUGGCUGAAUCGCCGCUUGGAGCUCAAAAAUUCCCUGGAAGAGGUCCAAAGCAUGGCCUUGUCCCAAACCGAAAUCGAGAGGAUCAUUGACAACUUGUCCACAACAACUGCGCAGCUCAUCGAUCAAGGUGAAUAUCGAGUGGAAAAUGUUGGAAAAACUGUCUGUUUUGCAGAACCUCAGACCGCUUUGACUCAGGACACCCAAUGGAGCUACUAUUCCGACAACUCCUCCGUUUCUGUUGAAUCUAGCGAUCAAAGUUGGAGUCAGUCUUCUGAAGGUUAUGUUCAAGGUCAUUCUGAGACAAAAACUAUCAGUUCUGGAACCAAGGUCACUUCUGAUUCUGUGGAGACCAGUUUGAAAAAGGAAAUCAGCAACCUGGAAUACGGUGGGUAAUAAGAAAUUCGCAUAUUUCGUCCUCGUUUACCUUAUAAACGACAUUUAGAUUUUCAGAUACCGAAAACGAUGCUAAGGUCUCUCAAUAUCAGCUGGAGGAGAUGCGUGAGUACGGCCCAAUGCAUGAUGCGUACAAAUGGAAGCUUCUAUCCCUUCAGCCUCGUCACGAAGCGGUUUAUGACGACAUUGAGUCGGUCUAUCUCUUCUAA